AGGGCGGUCUGGAGGGGGAAGCUCUUGAGCUUGAUCUUGCAAAAGACGCAGGGGGAGGAGGAAGGGUGGACGGCGGAGCGAGCGGGCUUGGCGGCGACAGGGAUCCCCACCGUGAGCAGAGGGAGGAAGUAAAAGAAGAAAGGAAGAGAGAGAGAGAGAGAGGCGACAGAGGGGAGAGGAGUGUGUGUCAGAGGUUCUGACGUGGUGGGGUCCAUGAAACACGUGUCGUCCGGUGAGUAGACUUGUAGGUUGACACGCUGGAAUCCCAGUUCUAGUCAAUACUUUCUCCUCAUUUCUCUAUUAUAUUUGUCUCUACUAAGCCAAAUUCAAACCGCCCAAAAAGAAAAAAAAGAACCAAAUUCGAAUUUGCUUCUAAACUGCCCUGUCCUGACUUCAAUCACGUCACCUUCUACACGUUAUCCGACCGUUUUUUAAUCUGCUUUCCUUUGCCUCGGCAGUUGAAAAACGAGAAAACGUCACUCGAUACGAUGAAUUUAUAGCCGCCCACAAGGCUGGCACCACGGACCGCUACGGGCCGAGAGGAUAUUAGAAUCUUCUUUCCCCUUGUCCCCUCCCAUGCAAUUCUCUGUGCUUUAACACCAUGUCGACCGAAAAUGCAUCCUCCAAUCUCACCGUCAUCCCUUCGGAUUCUCUCCGGGCCGCCCUCAAUCCCGAUGGCACCCUCGACCGCGACCGCUUCAACAUACCGGUCACCUCCGCUACACUUAAUCCCACCUCUCCCGCCAGUCCAGUCCUCUCAAAGGACGUCCCAAUCAACCCUUCCCACAGCACCUGGGCCAGGAUCUUCCUACCCACCCGUGCUCUGUCGUGCUCGGAGGAGAAACUCCCCGUCAUAGUUUAUUACCACGGCGGGGCGUUCAUCCUCUACAGCGCCGCUUCGACGUUGUUCCACGAGUUCUGUGUCAGUCUGGCGCGCGAGCUCUCCGCUGUGGUCGUGUCGGUGGAGUAUCGCCUCGCCCCGGAGCACCGGCUCCCCAUGGCCUACGACGACGCGGUGGAGGCGCUGCACUGGGUUAAAACCGCCCGAGAGGAGUGGCUCGCGGGACACGUGGAUCUCUCCACGUGUUACCUGAUGGGGACCAACGCUGGCGGCAACUUGGCCUUCUUUGCAGGGCUACGCGCAUCCGCGUCGCACGACGAACUCAAGCCCCUGAAGAUCCGCGGAGUGAUACUGCACCACCCCUUCUUCGGCGGCAGCCAGCGGACGCCAUCGGAGCUGAGGCUGGUGAACGACCAGAUGCUGCCGCUGGCGAAAGGCGAUUUCCUGUGGGAGCUGUCGCUGCCGCUUGGGGCUACUCGCGAUCACGUGUGCUGUAAUCCAAUAGUGGACGGUGGCUCCAAGAUCUCGGAAGGGGUGGAUAAGAUGAGGUCGCUGGGGUGGAGGCUACUGGUCGCCGGCUGCGACGGAGACCCGCUAUUCGAUCGACAGGUGGAGUUUGCGCAAAUGAUGCAGGAGAAGGGGGUGAGUGUGGUGAGGGUUUUCACGGAGGGUGGACAUCAUGUGAUCGAAGUCAUGGAGCCGGACAGGAGCAAGCCUCUGCUCCAAACCUUAAAGACUUUCAUGUCGACGACUGUAACUAGUUAGGGUGGGGUCGGUCCACCGGAUGGGAUCUCCGCGCAAAAAUGUAACCUGAAAUUUCUCUUUAUUUAUCGCGUCACAUGAAAUUUAUAGGGUUUUGAUGGUUUCGCACUC